AGUCCCGGUCGCCGAACUUGUAUGAGUUGUGUACACGUGCUAAUGUGACAGCAGACAAUCAGCUGAGUACUGACGGUUUUUCCGCAAACGCUCCGAUAUGGGUAAAAACAACAGCGACCUCACAUGCAACCCUCUCAACUCGGUCCGGGAAAUUCAAGACUUCUUGCUCAACCCACCGGCGUGGAGGUCCCUGUGCAUUGAAUUACAGCCGCACAGCGAGUACCAAAUAAGGAAUUCCGAACUGAUCGGCAUUGGAGAUAUAUCGAAUGUUGACCUGGAGAAGACGUCGGCGUUCUGCCACUUCGAUCCGGACUAUGAAGACAACAAUGUCAAGUUAUCGCGCUUCAAAGAAGACUCGUUGCCCAAGACGCUCGUUUGUCACGACAUGGCCAAUGGGUACCACGACGAUAGUGCGGUGGACGGGACGGGCAACCACACCGCGUACUCGUUCUACCACUGGGCGGGCAUCGAUAUCUUCUGCUACUUCAGCCACCACCUGGUGACAGUGCCGCCGCUAGGAUGGAUCAAUGUGGCGCACGCACACGGCGUCAAAGUUAUCGGUACGGUCAUCACCGAGUGGGGGGAGGGCACCAUUUUCUGGGAGGAUGUCUUGUCCUCGGAACUCAACCUGCAGAACUUCAUCAGCGUGCUGGUUACCAUUGCCAAAACCCUCAAAUUCGAUGGGUGGCUUCUUAAUAUAGAAAACAAGGUGUCGAAGCCGCAGAAACUGGUCGAGUUCGUGCGAGGGUUGCACCAGAUGCUCCACCAGGAGCUGCCACACGGUACCCUCUUAUGGUACGACAGCGUCACAGCCACCGGCCAGCUCAACUGGCAGAAUCAACUCAAUGAGAAAAACAAAGUGUAUUUCGAGGCGUGUGACGGGUUCUUUACAAAUUACUCGUGGAUAGUGUCGGAUCUAGACGAAAGCGUGGCUGCAGCAGGCGAGCGCCGACACGACCUCUUCAUCGGCAUGGACGUGUGGGGGCGCAACUUCUACGGCGGUGGUAUGUUCAACCUGCAGGAGGCGGUGAGGCUGGCGCACGAGCGCGGCUGCUCGGUGGCCAUCUUCGCGCCCGCCUGGACGCGCGAGGCGCUGUCCGACGACGCGCAGGACGCGGCCGCCAUCGAGAUGGGCGAGCGGCUCUGCACGCUGCAGCGGUUCCUGCUGCGCGACCGCGCGCUCUGGGACAGCGUCUGGCCCUUCCUCAACACCAGGCUGCCCUCGCGGCUGCCCUUCCGGACCUCCUUCUGCGUCGGCCAGGGCAAGAAGCGACGCCUUUACGGGGAGGUGCUGUGCCCCGUGCCGUGGUACAACCUGCGCCACCAGCAGUACCAGCCCAACUCCGCGCACGGGCCGCACGGCUACCUGCUGGCCACGCAGAUGAAGCUGGAGCGCGCGUCGCGGGAGGCGAUGGCCGACAAGACGGGCAUCAUCAAGUACCGCGAGCGGCUGUACAACUUGUCGGCCGAUGCGGGCGCCGCGGCCGGCGCGGACACCGCCGAAGCCACGGCCAGCGCGGACGUCGCCGAAGCCAUGGAUAGCGCGGACGUCGCCGAAGCCGCGGCCAGCGCGGACGUCACCGACGCCGCGGCCAGCGCGGACGUCGCCGACGGCGCGGCCAGCGCGGACGUCGCCGACGGCGCGGCCAGCGCGGACGUCGCCGACGGCGCGGCCAGCGCGGACGUCGCCGAAGCCGCGGUCAGCGCGGACGUCACCGAAGCCGCGGUCAGCGCGGACGUCGCCGAAGUGGCGGUCAGCGCGGACGUCGUCGAAGCCGCGGUCACGGCGGUCAGCGCGGACGUCGCCGAAGCUACGGUCAGUGCGGACGUCGUCGACGCCGCCGCCGACGUCGAGGCGCCGGCCGGCGGCGAGCAGGCGUCGCCGCGCGACAGCGCCGACGCCGACGCCGCCGGCUCCUGCGCGGGCGCGCGCCGCAGCGGGCUCGUGUACGAGCCCUCCAUCCGCCUGCGCCUCAGCGAGGGCUUGGCCAAGAAGCGGCUCAAGCUGGCCUUCGUGCCCGACGAGCUGCCCUGCGCCGAGACCUACUUCGAGGACAGCUUCACCGGCGGCAGCUGCGUCAAGCUGAACCCCUCCGACGACGCCUCCGAGCGGCACCGUUUCGUGCGGCUGUUCCAGUGCGACUUCGAGUGCGACGACACGCUGGUGGCGUGCGUGGCCACCAAGCGGCUGGCGGAGGCGCCGGGCCAGUACCUGACCGUGCACCUGCACUACUCGGCCGCGGACGGCCCCGGCGGCGCCGACGUGACCGCCGUGCUGGUGUGCCGGUCGCUGAAACGCGCGACGACCGCCACGCCGAGCCACGUCACCGUCUACCCGGAGAACCGGCAGAGCUCCUUCCGGGAGCUGCAGGCCCACCUGCUGCUGGCCGAGCCCGGCUUCUACGUGCCCGUGGAGAACGCCUUCGGCUGGGACGUGUGGUACUUCCGCGUGCCGCUGGACGGGCGCGUGCGCGUGUCGUCCGUCAACUGCCUCACCGGCUACUUCGCCGGUCCGCUGCUGCUCGGCCACUUCGCGCUCUGCUGCAAGGUCAGUGGGGUGGGGACAUUUUUGCCUCGCGAAGGUGAAACGCCGUUUGUGCACGCGACCCUGCGUGCGAGACGCGUCUCGUGUCGUAUUGAGCCGUUUGCGAUCGUCGAAAACGAAUAUUCGAUCGGAUUUGUAUUAAUUAAAUUUCUACUACUAACUGCCUUCGGUUGAACGGUUACCGCGCAGGUCUGUUAGGCGGAGAU